GGAAAGGCCCCAUGCCAUGAAGCUCAGACAGUGAGACUUUCUCAUAAUUCAUUGAGAGCUUCCCUCCAUGAAAUACUGUAUAGCUUAGCUUUAUUUUUAUUUUUAUUAGUCAUACAGUGGUUGCCUGGAAGGCCCACAACUUUGAACAGAUGAAACUCAUCAUGAAGAAAAACUAUGAAUCCUUGGACAGAUCUUUAUUUGUACAUGGCUAGAUUUUAAUCAAACUUUUGGGUGUCUGUGGCUUCAGUUUCUCAAGGAAAUAUUUUGGGGUUUCUUCAGUUUAUGUGAUCAAGUCCCCCACUUUUCUUGGUUGUAAUAAACAAUGGUUGAUCUAAAUCCCCGGCAAUCCUAUCCAAGUUUUUUUGAAGCGGUGAUUCCUGUUUGACUCUCCGGAUCACGGGAUUUUAGGAAAUGGUGAAAGAUCUACAAUGGCUAAGAAAAAGAGCUGGUUCAGUCUAGUGAAGAAGUUUUUUCUCUUUGAGACAAUUGCAAGAACAGAGAAGAAGGAGAAAAAAAGGAAAUGGAUGUUUGGAAGGUUAAGGACCAAGAGGUUGACAGCACCACCAAACGACGUGACAAAGGAUGAGCAUGUAACUGUGGCUAUUGCCACACCUGCUGCCGCCGAAGCAGGUGUUGCAGCCGCUCAGGUUGCGGCCGAGGCUGUUCCACCCUAUGGUACCCUUCAUUCUAACCAUAUAUGUGAUGGAGAAACAGAUGAACGAGCCCUGGAUGUUCAAGAACUUGCUGCCACAAAAAUCCAAGCUACCUUUCGGGGAUACCUGGCAAGGAAAGCUUUGCGGGCGCUGAAGGGGAUAGUGAGGCUUCAAGCAAUCAUCCGCGGAUCGGCUGUGAGACGACAAGCAAUGAAUACUCUAAAAUGCUUACAAUCAAUUGUGAAUAUUCAGUCUCAGGUUAGUGCAAUGAGAUUCCAAAUGGCAGAAGGUACUUGGCAAUAUGAUGAGACCAAACAGUUGGUGACAUUGGAAGACAAGAUUAUUAAGGUGGACAUAAACAGUCAAAGAAGAUGGGAUGAUAGCAUUUUGACAAAGGAAGAGGCAGAAGCGAUGGUUUUAAGCAGGAAAGAAGCUGCAAUCAAAAGAGAACGGAUAAAGGAAUACUCAUAUGUUCAUAGGAAGUCAGCUGAAUCAGAACUAAACAAAGGUAAUGGACGAUUAAAGUACUGGUUAGACGAAUGGGUGGAUACUCAAGUCACUAAAAGUAAAGAACUUGAAGAUUUGGACUCGGUUUGGACCUCGAAUCGCAAGCCCAUGGAGGAAAACAGAGCUAAACAUCUAAGGCUGAAGACUUCUCCGAGACCAUAUCAUUAUAAUUCGGAAGGAUUGGAGUCUCCGGUAGUACCAGUUCCACGAAGAUCGUUUCAUAAGAAGCAGUGUUCUUUGGGAGAAGACAAUUCUUUUCCAACCUCUCCUGUAGUUCCACCUUACAUGGCUGCUACACAAUCAGCAAGGGCAAAGGUAAGAUCAUUGAGUUCACCAAAGGUAAGGCCUGGAAGUUUUGAAACUCAGUCUGAAAGCUACUCACCAUUUAAGAACAAACUGUGUCUUAUAUCUUCUAUUACAAGUGAAGUGCCAAGCAGUUAUAAGAUGAAUGGCAGCAGGAGUAGUGCUUAUCAGCAGAGAUCCCCGAGCCUAAAGGGUGUGCCGGGUCCUGUCAAAUCGAAGCGAACCUUAAAGGAUCUUAGCUUUAACUCUGAGUGUUCGUUGCCUAAUUGGGUGCAAGAAAGCACCUUUAGAUGAUUGAUUCUUCCAUUCUGGUUAUUAGCUUGUGGUAGCCAUUUGUACGGUUGUCGAAAAUAAUAUCUACUCGAAGAAGAUGAAUUAGUAGAAA